GCUUACUUACAAUAGUUGAAGCUGGUGGUAUAAGUAACACAUGGUACAUAAUAACAAACUACAGCGUUGAGUUUUGUGUUAUAUAGGCCUACUUAUGACAGACGAGUUUCUAUAUAAAUUAGGCGUCUAGUUAAAUUAUUACAAUAAUGUCUCAAGAGAGUUCCACUUGGCUACAAACGCAGGACUUUUUGGAAUGGAAAGACAAGUUUGACAGAGACGGUUAUUUGGUAGUUAAAGAUAUUUUAAGUCCAGAAGAAAUAAAAGCAUAUCAAAGAAUAUUCGAGGAACUGUCAACUGGAAGCCAAACAACAACACACAGACAUGACCUCGGGUCGCAUACAACGCGUAAAGUUAAAGAACACGAAAAUAUUUCCCAAACUAUGUGGCCGUCCUUGUUCAUACCAAACUUAACGCAAGGUAUUUUGCACACGAGGGCUCUCGAAGUCGCACGAAGUGUUUUAGGUAGCGAUAUGACAUUUGAUUUCGACAUGUUAAUAUCAAAGGCCCCCCAUACAGAUACAGAGACCCCAAUGCAUCAAGACGAAUCAUAUUGGCCUGAUAUGCCAGAUAAACGAGCGGUAACAAUCUGGGUAGCAUUGGACAACGCUACUGUAGAUAACGGCUGUAUGUGGUUUGUUCCCGGGUCUCAUAAGUUACCAUUAAGGCCAUUCAAAUGUGCGAAGGAGGGCCAUCAUGUAAUAAUAUGCGAGGGCGAUAAGGAUGAGCUACAUGCUGCCCCGAUUACUGCGGGUUCCUGUACUUUACACCACGGUCGUACAGUUCACUAUACUAGAGGGAACAGCACCGAUUUUAAACGAAGGGCGUUUAUUAUGAAUUUCCGUCCAGCAGAAAUGGUACAGUGGGAAAGGAACCAUGAUUUUGACCAUGGAAAAUCAAAGGGGGUGCAGGGCGACGAACACUUUGCUAAAGAAACGUCUUGAACCAGUUUUUUUUAUCUGAAACAGUCCUUGCACUAAUUGUACAGUUUAUAACUGUCUGGAGAAAACAGGAGAGCGGAGCUCAAAUAAAUGAACACGUUUCAAUAUAAUAUUGAUAAAGACAAAGUUACAUUUUUUAAUGUAUCACUGAUAAAGACUAUUCGUAUAAAUUGCCGCUUUGUAUACUAUAUAAUAUGUAGGCUAUAUCUACAUUUCCAGGUAAUUUGCGAUACGACUAAACUAAUUCUCAGUCAACUCUUUUUAGAUUUUACUUAGAUUCCCAUGAUUAAAUCAGCUUCAGUUACGUGCAUUAUAAAAAAGGUUGCAUCGAUUAAUGUACCCCACACCAUAAGCGACCUUUUUCGAACGUAGCCUACAUGCAUUCUCAAUAAUAAACAAAGCUUUGCCGA